AUGUAUCCUUAUUUUAAACUUGCUAAGAACAGGCAUAAUUUUCAUGCGAGAAAAAUGUCCCCUUUUCAGCUGUUCUGGGCAGUUGGUGGCUCAGUGGAAAUCGGUUUGAGCUUCCUUAUUCUACCAAGGUUCGGAUGGCGUUGGCUGGUUUUCGCCUCGUCCGUGCCAUUGGCUCUCUUCCUGGGACUCCUUCUGCUUCUCCCAGAGUCCGUCCGCUAUCUAAUUGCCGCCAAUCGAUUAGAAGAAGCCCAACAAAUUGUCAAUAAAAUUGCAAAAAUGAACAAAAAAAUUCCAAUGGAAGGGAGACUGGUCUCGUCAGAAACUUCUGAAUCCUCGCUCGGCAAUGUUAUGCACCUCUUUGCAAAAGGCUACCUCUGCACCUCUCUCCUCCUGCCCAUUAUUUGGUUUGGCGCAGCCUUCACCUACUACGGCUCCAUACUUGUCAGCUCCGAUAUCUUCCGGUUUCACAGCCAGUGUUUCGGAGUUAAAGUGGAUCCCGUUGAUCACCAUGGCAACAUAACCGGCGCACUAACGCCCGUAGUGGACACCUCCUGCUGCGCCGAGCUCCAGUCAGCGGAUUAUGUCUCAAUGCUUGUUUCUUCCCUCGGAGAGUUCGCAAUUCUACCGGUGAACAUUUUAAUGGUGAACUACCUGGGUAGACGCUACUCUCUAGCCUGUAUCUACCUCCUUUUGGCUGUCUUCUUCGUUGCUAUCAACAUCUGUGUUCCGUACACCGUGACCAUCAGUUUCCUCUUCAUCCUGCGAGCUUUAUCCUCCUCCACUCUCAAUCUUGCCUACCUCUACACCACUGAGGUUUAUCCAACAACCAUCCGAUCCCUGGCAUUGGGCCUCUUUUCGUCGGCAUCUCGUCUCGGGGCAAUGUCUACGCCCUACGUUGCUCAGGUUCUGAUGCCGGAGGUUUCGGUGCUGGCUGCCCUAGGAACCUACAGCGCAAUGUGUGUACUCUGUGCCAUUGCUUCUACUUGUCUUCCCAUUGAAACAAAGGGAAGAGCCAUGCAGGUAGGCCAUAUGCCACGCUUACCCAUUUUUCCGCCCAUUUUUCUAUCGUCCUGUGGAUGCGUCCUUCGGAUGAAUUUGUGUAGCCAUGGCAACUCGCCUAGAAAUUCGAUUCUAUCUGAAUGA